GUGCCGGGAUGGGGAAAACGCGAGUAGGACAUUUCGGCGCGCGAAAUCUACAGCAGGAAGAGAGAAACGGCGAGUUUUUGGUUUUGAAUCAAUCAAACUAAAUUCCAUAAUCUACAAACAUCUACAUUAAUAUGGCAGAUCCGAAGGAAACACCAGAAGAGCAGGAGACUUCAACAGACAAUGCAGAAGAAUCAAACCACGAUCCCCAUUAUGAGCCCAUCGUGUCUCUUCCAGAGCAGGAUGUAAAGACACUAGAGGAGGACGAGGAGGAACUGUUCAAAAUGCGGGCGAAGCUCUACCGCUUUGCCUCUGAGAACGACCCACCAGAGUGGAAGGAGCGCGGCACAGGCGACGUCAAGCUCCUGAAACACAAAGAGAAGGGCACCAUCCGCCUAUUGAUGAGGCGAGACCGGACCUUAAAGAUCUGUGCCAAUCACAACAUUUUCCCUGUGAUGGAGCUGAAGCCCAACGCCGGCAGCGACAGGGCAUGGGUAUGGAACACACUUGCCGACUUCGCUGAUGAGCAUCCCAAACCUGAACUCCUGGCAAUCCGUUUCCUCAAUGCAGAAAAUGCUCAGAAAUUUAAGGUGAAGUUCGAUGAAUGCAAGGAGGAAGUCCGAAAAUCGCAAGACGGAUCAGGAGAAAACACUGACAGUGCAAACAAAGUGGCAGAGAAACUGGAGGAACUAUCUGUAAAAGACAAGACCAAGACAGAGGAAAAGGAGAAAGCGGCAGCAGAAGAGAAGAAAUGAAACCAAGAACUUGCUUUACUGAUCUUCAACUUGUCAUUUUCUACAAUAGACUCUAAAGAAACUGAAUUUGGACACUUGCAUAUUGAUUUAUUUAGUUUUUUUAAAUGAUUUGUUUACCUCGAGAUCACAAGACCUUGGUGCCGCAAAAAAAUGAUCCAUUCAUUAAAAUGUGCCCCUCCCCACC